AUGGAUACUUCUCUACCAGAGCAGCUAGGCCAUAAGCAAGCCAAGAUCCAAGACAGAGUUUCAAGUGAUAAUGAGCCUAGCCGACAACAUGAAAGGGUGCCUCUAAAAAGACGUAUCCUGCGUGUGCUAUGGGAUACAGCUGACAAGUCGCCCGAGGAAAGAAAACUUGUAAACAAGCUCGAUUGGUGGAUCUUGUCUUAUUGCUGCGUCGCUUAUUUUGUCAAGUAUCUUGAUCAAACCAAUGUCAACAACGCAUAUGUUUCGGGCAUGAAAGAAGAUCUCCAAAUGUCUGGGAACGACUUGAACCUAUUGAGUACCUAUUGGACAGUCGGAUACAUUAUCGGUCAGCUUCCUUCUCAAAUCAUCAUCACCAAAAUUCGACCCUCAAUUUGGUUGCCUACGGCCGAACUUAUUUGGAGUUUUAUUGUUAUGGGUAUGGCCGGUGCCAAAAAUGUCGAGACUCUGUACGGGCUGCGCUUUAUUGUCGGUCUGCUUGAGGCCUCAGCUUAUCCUGGUGUCAUGACCUUGUUGGGAAGUUGGUACACACCAGCAGAACUCGGGAAACGCGCCUGUAUCUUUCAGGCCUCUUCUAGUGCUGCACAGAUGUUCUCAGGCUAUCUUCAGGCAGCUCUUUAUUCCGGUAUGGAUGGGAAAAGUGGUUUGAGAGCAUGGCAAUGGCUCUUUGUCUUUGAUGGCAUUAUCGGCAUUCCCAUCUGUCUGUACGGUUACUGGGCUAUCCCCGAUUCUCCAAACAAGUCCAAAGCCUACUGGCUAAAGGAGAACGAUCUCCAACUUGCAAAUGAGCGCAUGCGUUUGCACGGACGCGCGCCAGCGAAGAAGCUUACGUGGAAGAUUGUUCGCCGUGUUGUGACAACAUGGCCCGUCUACAUGUUCUGUGCAAUCUUUAUUGCCCAUGUCCUCGGCAUCAAGAUCUACUCGUACUUUAAUCUCUGGCUCAAAUCUACGGGUCGCUGGAGCACGGAAGAGAUCAACAUCAUUCCCAGUGCUGGCUAUGGACUGCAGAUUGUGUGUACACUUACAUACGCUUGGGUGUCCGAUGCACUCGGCCUUCGAUGGCCCCUCAUCAUUGCCGCAUGUCUCGUCUCCAUUAUAGGCACCAUCAUCCUAUCUACUUGGCCGGAGCAUAACCUAGCCGCAAUGAUGGCAGGGUGGCUUCUUACAUUCUGUGAGACUGGUGCCGGAGCGCUGAUCAUCACUUGGAUCAAUGAGAUUCUUUCUUACUCUACAGAACACCGUGCGCUUGUUAUUGGUGUAGUUGAAACUGCGGCCUUCACUUUCCAGGCCUGGGUGCCUUUGCUGAUAUAUGACACUGGGGAUGCACCUCACUUUCCAAUUGGUUAUGAGAUGGCGACGAUGUUCUUUGCAUUGGAGAUUGUGUUGACGUUAAUUAUCUUGUAUCUCAGUCAGACUCGGCCCAUUUCUUAG